GCUGGCACCGCGACCGCCAAGUGCGCAAACCCACGUUGCGGGUAUCUGGCGCACACCGGGGCCGACUUCAAGGGCUUCUGCUGCAACGGGUGCAAGGCCGAUUCAGGCCACGGCGACAACUGCCAGCGCGUGGACAGCUCGGGCAAGGGCGCGGAGGUGGCGUGCGCCAACCCCGGCUGCAGCUACCGGGCAAACCUGAACACGGCCUUCGGCGGUUACUGCUGCCGCGCCUGCCCCCUGGGCAAGCCGCACGGCCUCGCGUGCACGCGGCUGCCGACGGUGCAGGCUGGCGCGGCCGAGGCCGAAGGCAGCCGCGCGCCGCGGCACGGGGCGGGAGAGCCGGCCUCCUCCGGAGAGGGCAAGCGCGUGAGUUCGAAGGUGACCGCGGGGCGCGAGUCCCUCGGGCACCCCUCGCCCAUCGCGUGUCCGCGCUCGGUGCCCCUGCAGACGAGGGCGGCCUGCAGGGCAAAUUCUGCAGUAGCGAAGGUGAGCGCGGCGGCAGUGGGCGGCCUCCUGGCCGCAGCCAGCCGCCACUGUCCGCAGAAGGCGCUGCGCCUCCGCGCGGCGGGGCGAGCCUGCGCCCGCGUCCAGAGCGCCAGCAGACUCCAAAAAGCGCGGGUCGCCGAGGCCCUGCCGCCGUUGGUGCAGGUCCGCGUGGGCCCAGCGCCGAGGAUGGGACGGGCAGCCAGGGGCGAACGCAGGACGCCGCCCACUUCGAGCUGGAGGCCCUAGGCGGGCGCGCCCUGCUGGAGCAGGCGAGGGGGAGCCCGCGGGGGCCUCUGGGGCGCCUGACCUCUCAGCAGACCGCUAGGCUGUCGUCGGCCCUGGCCGACGGCGCGGACGUUGGCUUCCUCUUCGUGAAGCCGCACGCCAAUUUUGAGAAGGGGCGCAAGUGCACGAAGGAACUCCUGGAACGCUCUGGCGUGCGCGUGGUAGCCGAGGGGGAGCUGAAGGCGCUGGAGAUGAGCCCCAUCGGGUCAUCGACAAGCACUACAGGAGCAUAG